GAGAAGGCGGGAGAACACAUUGACGAUUGUACAUUUCAGGAAUAAAAACAAACUUUCAAAGUCAGUGUAAUAGAUACAGAACUUUAAGAGUUGCAUAUUUUCAGUUUGUAUAGAUUGUUAAUCACUGUUGUUGUAACCCCGUCGUUAACAAUAUCAGAAUAAAUACGUUGUUAGCAUACAACGUUAACUAUCCUAGCUAGCUAAGUAUAGAAAUCUAGCUACCUAAAUUCGGACGGGACGAUAUGGCAACUAAGAAGUCAACUGAAAUGGGUAAUUACCUUUGAAUAUAUUUGGUUUCCAACCGUUUUUUCUUUGCAUCGACACUAGUGAACUAGUAGCUACCAACCAUUGACAGUAAAGACAGUAACUGUGGCGGGCUACUGUAAGCAGUUCAGAACAAUCCAAACCCGAUAGUUGCCAAAUUAGCUUGUUAAACCACCUCUUUUAUCAGUAGCAAUUAGUCUCUUAAAGCAAGAACGCUAGUCAGUGUUAGAAAAAUCAGUGACAUUGACAGUUGCCAGACAGUUUUACAACCCAGUCAAUAAAUGAUGUUGUCAUCAACCAUUAACUAGGCUAAGGGCUUGUAGUAAAUGGUUACUAACAACAACUACUUGAAUUUGUAUCAUUUUGCCCAAUAUUGUUUGUAUUGAUGUGUGUCGUUACUGUGGUAGGAAGUUGUCAGUAAUAUGUUGUUUUUGAGUAUAAUUUUUAUUCCAAUAAACAAUCAUAACAAUGUGCCAUUGAUAUCAUAUCAAACACAUUUUAACUAAAAUAGGAAGUUCUGCUCAGUAAUCGAGGAAUUACUUAAAGAACAACCAGUCACUCUUCCCUCUCUUUCCCCCUCAGAUGUCUCCCUCCCCUUAUCUUCCUUACGCCUCCUGGCCCCUCCUCUCCGGCUGGUCUCAGCUGCCAUGUGGAAGGUGAUAAAGGAACGCGAUGUGAUGCAUUAUGGGACGCUGGAGGAGUUUGUGACCUCAACCUGUGAGACAAUACCUGGCUUGCUCACAUCUAGACACCAGGCCAAGCUGGCUCUGGGGCUGAGAGCACGGGUGGGUGAGACUUGUGGGACAGUUAUGUUGUAGUGAAAAGGGGUUGUAUUCAUUUGGCACCUAACGGAAGAAAACAAACUGAAACAUGGUGGGACUACAUCAACUUGUCCAAUAAGAAAGGCUCAAUUUCGUUUUCUGUUGCUAUGGUGUAUCCUAAUGAAUACGACCUUGUAUGUACAGUAUGUGCUUCCACUGUAUGAGCUGUUGUCUACCUCUGUUCAGUCCCUAAUUUUACCGUCUCUGGUCGUUUAUAGCUGAUCUUAGAACUGUGCCAUGGCCCGGACCCACCAGAUCCAGCGGUUAUCCUUCCCCAGUUGGACAGGAUCCGUGCCCCCACCCCUUCCUCUGCACUGGUGAGUGACAGUCAAAUACUGACCUCUAUAAGUCAGCAAUUCUCUGUACUACGAGUGUGGUAUUUGAAUGGGCCUUUAUCACCUUUUUAACACUUCAUGUUUUUCCCAAGAAUGAUUUUGUGAGAAAUACAGUAUGUUUGCUGUAAGUUAUGUCUUUGCAUACCUAUGUUGCAGAAGAAGGAUGUGAAGAUUGAGACAGCAGUCACCAACUUACAUGGCCUGGUGGAAGCUCUCCUGAGAGACCCCACAGAGAGAGCACUGUUCUACAAGGUGAGACUGUGUCCUCCCAGAUGCAAUGUUUCAAUUAACAGCUUUUAUUGAGAGACCAACGAAUGAGGAACUGUCCACAAAUUCUCUCGAACUCUGUCUGCCCCCCCCCCCACCCUUCUCUCUCUGUUUGUCUCCCUCUUUCUCUCCCCCUUUCUCUCACACACUCACUCUCUCUGUUUGUCCCUUUCUCUCUUUCCCCUCUCUCUUCUCUCUUCUUCCCUUCAGGUGGAGUUUCCUUCAGAGUAUGGCCCUCAGUUUGACCAGGAACUGGAGAAACUGCUGUGGGAGUUCCUGCUCAGAAUGAACCAACUUCUCCCAGUGCCUAACCUGGCUCAGACAGUGUCCUGGCUCACUACUGCCCCUCCUGUCUUGGAGGAGUGUGCGCAGGCUGCCUCCCAACCCCAGCUCCUGAGGACCCUGCUCCAGCACCAGAUCUGCCUGGGACACCUGGAUUCUGCGGGUGGGUCUACGCAGGGUGUGUUCCAGGCCGACUACAUUGGAGUCGCCAGCCAUAUCUCACGACACCUGGUUAGGUGUUUUAACGUAUCAGCUAACUUCAUCAGUCUGUUAUCUCCUUUCAGCUUCUCUUCCUCCGUGUAUGGGCGACUCCAUCCUCUCAUCCCUGUCUCUCCCUCCCUCUGGAAGAUCUCAGCAAAGCGAACAAUCAGGAUAUAAGCCUGCCUUUGUUGCCACCCCAAGCCCUCGGACUUUAACCCCAUUGACCAAUCACAGACAGACACAAAACAGGUCAUUGCCCAUCACGCCUGUGAUUGGUGGGAUUUGCAAUGAAGACCUGCCAGUCAUGGCUUCAGCCAAUAAGAGGGCAAGAACUUGCAAGGAAGAAGUUACUAUCCAAUCAGAUUCAAGAGAAGUGGAGGAGGAAGCUGAGUCAACGGCGAGGUCAAAAUAUACUGAGGUGGAAAGUAGGGAAGAGGAAUCUGACGAGGAGGUGAAAGUCAUGAGAAGAGGGAGGAAGAGGAGGAGGAGUGCGAGAGAUAGAGAGAGUAAAAGAAUGCUCAGGAGAGGGCGUGGGGAAGAGUUAGUUACAGAUGGAGAGAGUGAAGAGAAGGAUACGACGAGUGGUAUAGAUGAAGAGACUGAGGGAGACCUUCUAAGGGACUGUUUGGUCCAGUUGGGGAUCGCAGGCCUCAAGUUUCCGGAAGACCAGCGCCUCUGCUCUUACAUCACAUCCUGUCUGCGCAACCAACCCAGAGUGCUCAUCCCCCGACUGACUUCCACAGACAUCACCGCACCUGUGAGGUCGCAACCUCCUACUCCUUCCCGCAGCAACGGGACACCAACAGCAGGGGCAGGGAGGUCUCCAUGGGGACAGAACAACAGGCCGAGGAUAACGGCGCGUCGGAUUCCUUCGACCCGGCAACGGAAGUUGAAUGACAGCUCAUUGACCCUAGAUGUGGAGCUUCCAGCAUCAGCUGACAAAGAGUAAGAGAAAGACAGGUGCUGAUUUAGUUAAACAACCAAUAAUAACUUCUUAUACUAGCCUGGUUGUCAGAUCUGGCUGUGUUUUUUUUUUUUGCCAACUCCUGUUGUUCAUUGUCAUCUCAUACAUGGUAUGACGACAUACAAUUGUGGAAUUGAUUAAAGCACAAACAGAUUUGGCAACUAAACUAGUAAAAUACCAUUAGUACUAAUACAAAAACUAGAGCCAUAAUGAUUGAUUGUGUAAAAGGAUGUCCAAUAACUGAAAUGUAGGACUUUUACUCAUCAUUGUUACACCUCCCAUUUUUCAGGAACUGUGUCUUUCCUUCAGUUAGCUCUCCCUCCAUUGUCCCUCUGCCUCAAACGAGAAGAAGCACAGGUAAUAUCUCCCCACCCCCAAAAUAUGAAACAUUUCUGUGAGCAUGAACUCAUAGUUGUACUGUUUUAUUAAUUAGUUUUGUCAGUGCACUGGUAACCUAGUAACACUCUUAGAUUGUUAUUUUAAGCCUUGUGUUUUUCCAUCUUGUCUCCAUCUAGAAAUGCUGACCUCGCCAGUAACCAGUGACACUGAUGACAUCAUUGGAGAUUCAGAGGAUGAAGCGACAAAGAAUUUCAAAGGCAGGGUAAGAAGUGAUCCUGUUGAAGCUGCUUUAGAAUAUCGAGAUGCACGUUUAGUUCUCUCAUGUUCAGUAGGUUACAUCGUAACAAAACAUUUUCAACUGAGGACAACAAAAAAGUUAAAGUACUAUUUUAUUGUUUCAAAAUGUUGCCUCUACUGAUCAUGACCCUACUGCUGUUAUUGUUAUGAUCCAAUAUCAUGUUUGGCAUAUAUUUUUAAAAUGGCCACAAACCAAUUUCCCAUUGUGGGAUAAAAAGUGGACUACUACUGCAACUACUACCACUACCUUGUCUUUCUAAUGUGCUCUGUCUCCCCUAGCUGUUUAUGAAGCGUUACUACAGGACCAAGCACGACACCUAUGUACCCACCCUCAGGGAGUUCUGGAAGCCCGGCCUGGCCCGACGCAACCUGCUGUCUCCUGGCAACGGACACAGAUGACACACGCAUCCAUGGGGAGCAAAAUAUGAAUUGUAUUCAGUAGGUGGAAAACGUUUUGAAACAGGAAGGGUACCAUCUGAACUUUUCCAAUAUGAACACAGAUUUGUUUCCUGCUGCAAAAACAUUUUGCUACGGUUUGGCCAACUGAACACAACCAUGGUUGUAAAAGUGAAUGACUGGCAGUUUUAGGAUUCUUUGUAUCUGAAUCACUUUGCAAUAAGCAUUAUUUUAAAACCUGUGGGACUUUUAUUUUGAAAUCAAGUGGAUUGACCUAUGUCACCAAUACUUUACAACCUGUGUGUUGUAAUAAUAGUCAAGAGUUCAGCUGUGCCAGCACAUUUUAUUUUAGGGGUCAUGGUAAUAUCGAGACGUUGAUAACUGAGGCAAGAGCUUUCACAUAUUGGUUGAGAAGUUUUGCUAAUGUAUUUUUCCAUUUCCAAUUAUUAUCAAUUAUAACUCUGACAAUUAAGUAAUAAUUGUCAGUUAAAUUGUUCAACAGAUUAUUUCAGCUCAAUAUAUUCAGAUACUGAUGCCUGGUUGUGAUAACUGAGACAACUUGUAGAAAAUAGUUUUGCUAAUGUAGUUUUUCAAUUAAGUAUUUGUCAAAUAUGUCCAUUCAUUUACUCUAUUGCACUGUAAAUGAGUGGUGUUUUAAUGUGUACUUUUUGUAUCUUGUCAUCUAACCUUUCAUACAACCGUAUUCUAAUAGCUGUAAUGACAUGACAGAUUUUCUGAUCACGAAUCAAAUGUAAAUGAAGCAUCUGCCAAAUAAUUUAGUAGUACCUUUGUCACAUAUCCAAUGUCUUUAUUACUGUGUAAAGAACUACAAUAAAAUGUAUUAAACUAUUUUGGCUGUCAUUUUAUAAUUUACAUACACAAUUCUCUUGGUUUCACUAAUUCCCAUGUAGGUCCCCUGUAGCUUAGUUGGUAGAGCAUGGCGAUUGCAA